CAUGUUUGGAGACCACGGGGCUACAGAAAUAUGGCUGCCGCUGUUUUUCUGUUCUUGUGUUUUGAGCGGUGGCUCUUCCAGCCAAUCACAGCAGCCGCUGCCGCCUCGUUCUCUGUAGUUGCUGGGUGUCCGCUGUAGGGUAACCAUGCUUAUUACUAGAGGUUUACAACCUUCAUAUUUCCACCCUUCUAAAGUUUCUUCGGUUUGGAAACUACGCUUAUUUCGGCGGAGUUCAGUAAGAUGGGGCCACGCUGCAACGUGUGGAUACAAGGCAGUUGUCUUUGACAUGGGAGGUGUUCUUCUUCCAUCACCCUACAGACUGGCUGAAGACUGGGAGCUCCGUAACAAUGUGCCGAAUGGUACUAUAAAAGAAGCCAUCGUAUUAGGUGGAGACGGAGGACCGUGGAUGAAGUACAUGAGAGGAGAGUUGUCUGCACAAGGCUUUGUGCAAGAAUUUGGAAACCAAUGCUCAAACAUUACAGGUCGUCCAGUUCCAGUUCACAGCUUCCUCAAAGACCUUACCAGUAAGGAGAUGGCCAAGCAGCUGCCAGAAAUGAGUGAGGCUAUUCAAUGCAUUAAAGCUGAAGGACUCAAAACUGCUGUUCUCAGCAACAACUUCUUCCUGCACAGUGGAGAAAGUUUUCUACCCGUCGACCGGUCACAAUUUGAUGUGAUCGUUGAGUCUUGCAUUGAAGGUAUAUGUAAACCAGACCCUCGGAUAUACCAGAUGUGUGCAAAGCGUCUUGGGGUUCAGCCUAGAGAAGCAGUCUUUCUUGAUGACAUAGGACAGAACUUGAAAGCUGCAGCACAGUUGGGCUUUUAUACAAUAAAGGUAAAUAACGUGAACGAUGCACUUCAAGAUUUAGAAAAUCAGUUGGGAUUCCCUUUAAAAGACUUUGUUCCAAACACUCGUUCUGUGAGACCUACUAUGGAUUUCCCAAGAGAUUCCUUGACAAAGUAUCUUGAAAAUACAUUUGGCGAAGAAUUAUCAGGCGCUCUCUUUGUACGACAGUUCAGCCAUGGACAGUCCAACCCAACCUAUUAUGUUCGAUUUAAUGGAAGACAACUUGUACUGCGCAAAAAACCUCCAGGAAAGCUGCUUCCUGCUGCUCAUGCUGUGGAGAGGGAGUAUAGGAUCCUGAAAGCCCUUGGGGAAGCAGGUGUUUCUGUACCAAAGGUGUUCAACCUCUGUGAAGAUUCUACUAUUAUUGGAACUCCUUUCUAUCUGAUGGAGUACCUCACUGGACGUAUCUUUAAAGAUCCCUCACUACCAGGGCUAGAUGCCAAAGAGCGCCAUGCUGUAUACACUGAGAUGAAUAAAGUAUUAUGCAAGAUUCAUAGUGUGGAUAUCCAGGCAGCUAAGCUUGAGGAUUAUGGGAAACAAGGUGCAUAUAUUCAACGGCAAGUCCAGAUAUGGACCAAGCAGUACAGAUCUAGUGAGACCCAUACAAUCCCAGCCAUGGAAAGACUUAUUGAAUGGCUCCCACGUCAUCUACCGCCCAACCAGAUCACCUCUGUUGUACAUGGGGAUUUUAGAUUGGAUAACUUAGUAUUUCAUCCGGAGAAGGUGGAAGUUCUUGGUGUUCUGGACUGGGAACUGUCUACCCUGGGAGAUCCCUUGUCAGAUGUAGCUUACAGUUGUUUGGCUCAUUAUUUGCCGCCAGACCUCCCUAUUCAGAAAGGGCUACAAAGUUAUGAUCUGAAAGAGAUGGGAAUUCCCACAGCAGAGGAAUACUUUGAGUGGUACUGUAAGAACAUGGAAAUCCCUAAAGCUGAGAACUGGUAUUUCUACAUGGCUUUCUCAUUUUUCCGAAUUGCAGCAAUCCUGCAAGGUGUAUAUAAGAGAUCUCUCACAGGUCAAGCUAGUUCUGCAAGUGCAGGAGCUAGUGGUAAAUUAUCUGAAUUCAUGGCAGACAUAGCUUGGGAUUUUGCAACAAAAGAAGGUUUUCGAGUAUUCAAAUCUGAAUCUGGGGGCUUAUCUAAAAAUCCACCAAAAAGAUCAUAUAGUACUUGGAGUCGGGCACAUAACUCAAGAACCUUUGUUACUAGAGCAUACUUGCACUCAAACCAGAGAGGUAUUCUGAUCAUAAGUCCUGAGGGACUUUCCACAAAUGCCAAAAGCCUGUACGGUAAAUUAAAGGAAUUUAUCGAACUUCAUAUUUACCCUGCUGAGCAAGAACUGAGAGACUAUCAAUUUUCCGUGAAGAGAUGGAAACCACACCAACUUAUUGAGGACCUCAAGGAAAAAGCCAAGAAUCAAGGGUUAUGGAAUCUUUUCCUUCCGUUGGAGAGUGACCCAGAGGGCAAGUAUGGAGCCAAGCUGACAAACAUGGAAUAUGCUCAUCUUUGUGAGCUAAUGGGGACAUCUAUCUAUGCUCCAGAGAUAUUUAAUUGUUCGGCCCCCGACACUGGAAACAUGGAAGUGCUAAUUCGUUAUGGAACAGAAGAACAGAGGGAACGAUGGUUGAAGCCACUUUUAAAAGGGGAGAUCAGAUCAUGUUUUGCAAUGACCGAACCACAGGUUGCCUCUUCUGAUGCCACCAACAUUGAAUCAUCAAUUGUGGAAGAUGACAACUCAUACAUCAUUAAUGGACAUAAGUGGUGGACGUCAGGUGGACUUGAUCCACGCUGUAAAAUUUGUAUCUUUAUGGGGAAGACCGAUCCAGAUGCUCCUCGCCAUAAACAGCAGACAAUGAUCUUGGUUCCAAUGGACACACCUGGAGUGAAGGUCCUAAGGCCUCUCACUGUCUAUGGAUUAGAUGAUGCUCCAGCUGGACAUGGAGAAUUACGCUUUGACAAUGUACGUGUGCCUAAGGAGAAUAUACUACUGGGCAGAGGAAGAGGAUUUGAAAUUGCACAGGGCAGACUUGGUCCAGGGAGAAUACAUCAUUGUAUGAGGCUUAUCGGACACGCAGAGAGGUCCUUAUCUCUCAUGAAACAAAGAGUCAAAUCAAGAAUAGCUUUUGGCAAACCUUUGGCUGAACAAGGCACUAUCUUGGCAAAUAUUGCCAAGUCCAGAGCUGAGAUUGAUCAGGCGAGGAUGUUGGUGCUCAAAGCCGCCCAUCUUAUGGAUACUGUAGGCAAUAAGGAAGCUGCUUUGGAAAUUGCUUUGAUUAAAAUGGUGGCCCCAUCUAUGGCUCAAAAUGUUGUUGACAGAGCAAUUCAGGCUUUUGGGGCUGCAGGACUCAGCAAUGACUUCCCACUUGCACAGUUUCAUGCCUGGGCACGGGCCCUGCGCUUGGCUGAUGGACCUGAUGAAGUGCACCAAGCAGCUGUGGCUAAAAUAGAAAUGAAACAUUAGGACCUGUGUUUAGUUAUGGAGCAAUAAGACCAGUUUGUCUCAAUCCUCUGUAAAGAAAUAAUCAUAAUAGUUGCUUUAAGGUUACCAAUCACAGCGCAUUGUUUCCUGGUCAUAAUCCAAAAAGAGUGCAGCGAUGUCUGGGAUGACACUGUUGUGGGAUAGGGUAUGCACGUGUACAACAAUCAGAGAGUGAUAUCUUGAUGUUUGUUAUUUUAGCAUGUUUUUUUUUAUUGUACCUUUUAUGUAUGUUUCUUACAACAUUCAUGAAAUACUUGUUUUCAUAAAGGUACAGGUUAAAAACACAAUGCCAAUCAGAAAAGUAACAGUUGUCUCAUCUCGCCAUAACUAAACUCUGACCAUGAGGUGGCUGGGAAACAGGAGCGUGCCGUCACUCUUCUGUUUUGGUUGCUUCCAUUGCAGUGAUUGCCUUAGUUGUAGUGAGAUGAGACAAUCCCUUUAACUAGACUGUGAACUAUAACC